GCUGGUAUCACAUCAGCUUUAGGAUCUACGAAAUUUACCAACAUUGUAGGACUUGCGCUGGAUGCUUUUGAUUUAGGAGUAUCUAUUUUCGACAAUACAGUGAACAAUGCAAUAGAAUCGGCAAAAAAAGAAGUACUUGGAAAAAUAGAAACCGUACAAACAAGUUUAAGCGUGUUGCAACAAACUGUUGUUGACCUGUUUUUUCAGCUUCAGCUACAAUUGGCAUUAGAGAAAGUGGAAGAUUUCGACCGGUCAACGAAGAAUAGAGUUCGAGACUCGGAAAACGCUAUAAACGCAACAACAUUGGAUAAGCCACAUUAUUUGAACAUCUUUCUGGACAAAAGUGUGGGUUAUUUUGAUAAGCUUUAUGAGAUAAAACCUUACGUGACAACAAAAUCAAUUAGUACUGAAAAACAAAUUCUGGAAAUGAUAAGAGAAAAGACAGACUGUCAUUUAACGAAAAUGGAAAACUUCAGUGCAUACAUUCACAACCUUGUCCUCAGUGGCAUUAGUAUUGAAACAAUGUAUAAGAAACAGAAAUACACUGGUAUAUCACUAGCUAUGGAAAAAACCUUCUGGGGCACAGAAUUGAAGACGUUUGAAACUGCGGUGGCUGCUCAAACCAAAAAUUGCACUGACGAAUCCGAAAAGCUGUUUAUGGUAGACAUAAUACUUAAAAACGAAUCUUUGAGUUCUAUUAUGUCAAAAAUUGAAGGCAGAUAUUCUGAUAAGAUGUUUUUUGUAGUUGAGCUAAAGAACGGCAACUCAAUCCAAGUUAGCAAUACCACGACAAAGAAUUUCAGAUGCAUCGUGUACGAUGACGGAUCAUGCACACAGAGAUGCUUCAUCUUCCAUACAGAUGACAUCAGCUGUGAGAAAAUUGUAGCUAUUAAAAUUAUCGGAAGUGGAUACGAACACAGGAAGAGCGAUGGAUACCCGACGACAGUUAUAGUAGAUGUCGCUUCACACACUGAUUUAUUCCGGCCUGCAAAUUGCUCCCUGUGGGAUCAAACUUCGAAGAUCUUUAGCAGUCCAUCAUCAGGACAAAUGCUUAUUCUAGACUUGCCAACAUGUGGAUCCAGCAAGAAUAGUUGGGCAAGGCAUAUUGCCGUACUGGCCUUGAUUUUCGUUGCCGUGGCUUGUUAAACAACUGUGUAGUGAUAAAUUAAACAUAUGUAGUGCUUAACAUAUUUCCAUUUAUGAAAGAACACCUAUCGUAACCUAAAAUAAUGAGCAGGAUUUAUGUAAUUUCAAACUAGCUAGAACUUGUAUGAAAGAAUAUGAGAAUUUACACUUGAUAAGUUCGAUCAAGAAACUUAAUGAUUUAUGAAAACACUUUACUGUUGUAUUUACUGCAAUGACUGUUUUUUCCCUCGGUUAACUUGACUUGGUAGAAUAGAUUGGAUCAAUGGAUUUUAGUAUAUCGUGUAAGACGGUCUUUGUAUUUU